AUGGCAUCAAGAACAGUCAAGAGGGACGCUGUAUCGCCAGCACUGAUCCACACAGUCCUCAUGGCAUCAAGAACAGUCAAGAGGGACGCUGUAUCGCCAGCACUGAUCCACACAGUCCUCAUGGCAUCAAGAACAGUCAAGAGGGACGCUGUAUCGCCAGCACUGAUCCACACAGUCCUCAUGGCAUCAAGAACAGUCAAGAGGGACGCUGUAUCGCCAGCACUGAUCCACACAGUCCUCAUGACAUCAAGAACAGUCAAGAGGGACGCUGUAUCGCCAGCACUGAUCCACACAGUCCUCAUGACAUCAAGAACAGUCGAGAGAGACGCUGUAUCGCCAGCAGUGAUCCACACAGUCCUCAUGACAUCAAGAACAGUCAAGAGAGACGCUGUAUCGCCAGCACUGAUCCACACAGUCCUCAUGGCAUCAAGAACAGUCAAGAGGGACGCUGUAUCGCCAGCACUGAUCCACACAGUCCUCAUGACAUCAAGAACAGUCAAGAGAGACGCUGUAUCGCCAGCAGUGAUCCACACAGUCCUCAUGACAUCAAGAACAGUCAAGACAGACGCUGUAUCGCCAGCAGUGAUCCACACAGUCCUCAUGACAUCAAGAACAGUCAAGAGAGACGCUGUAUCGCCAGCACUGAUCCACACAGUCCUCAUGACAUCAAGAACAGUCAAGAGGGACGCUGUAUCGCCAGCACUGAUCCACACAGUCCUCAUGACAUCAAGAACAGUCGAGAGAGACGCUGUAUCGCCAGCACUGAUCCACACAGUCCUCAUGACAUCAAGAACAGUCAAGAGAGACACUGUAUCGCCAGCACUGAUCCACACAGUCCUCAUGACAUCAAGAACAGUCAAGAGAGACGCUGUAUCGCCAGCACUGAUCCACACAGUCCUCAUGACAUCAAGAACAGUCAAGAGGGACGCUGUAUCGCCAGCACUGAUCCACACAGUCCUCAUGACAUCAAGAACAGUCAAGAGGGACGCUGUAUCGCCAGCACUGAUCCACACAGUCCUCAUGGCAUCAAGAACAGUCAAGAGAGACGCUGUAUCGCCAGCACUGAUCCACACAGUCCUCAUGGCAUCAAGAACAGUCAAGAGGGACGCUGUAUCGCCAGCACUGAUCCACACAGUCCUCAUGAUAUCAAGAACAGUCAAGAGGGACGCUGUAUCGCCAGCAGUGAUCCACACAGUCCUCAUGACAUCAAGAACAGUCAAGAGGGACGCUGUAUCGCCAGCACUGAUCCACACAGUCCUCAUGACAUCAAGAACAGUCAAGAGGGACGCUGUAUCGCCAGCACUGAUCCACACAGUCCUCAUGGCAUCAAGAACAGUCAAGAGAGACGCUGUAUCGCCAGCACUGAUCCACACAGUCCUCAUGACAUCAAGGACCGAUACAGGUGGACAAAUAGUAACAUUAUAA